UUCAAUUGAUGCUGACUUGAUGUGGAGAUCGCAUAUAGUGCGGGUGACGAAUAAGGCUAAGAAGUCUCUGUACCUCAUUCAGAAAUGUUUCAACCGUUGCCAUUUUCAAACAUUAACAUCGCUCUACAAGACGUAUAUACGCCCCAUAUUGGAAUUCGCCGGUCCAGUAUGGCAUCCCAUAUUUGUUCAAGAUGCAGAUCUGCUGGAGCAGGUGCAACGGAGAGCAACUCGAAUCCCAUUCGGUAUCAUAAGACCUGACUACCAAACUCGGCUCGCCAUGAUGGGAUUGGAAACUUUCUCAAGUCGCAGGAUGAGGGGAGAUAUGCUGACCACGUUUAGAGCUUUGAAGGGGUUUUUCGGUGUUGACAUGUCUGGUCUAUUUUCAUUAAACAGAGGUAAUCUAAGGGGACACGGAUACAAGCUGAGUAGGGAACGAUUUUUCACCAGAAGCAGAGAGAAUUUCUUGAGCAACAGGGUAUUUCGGGUAUGGAAUAUGUUGCCCCACAGUGUCGUCAACGCCCCUAGUGUCAACAGCUUCAAAAACAGAUGGGACGCAUGGAGCUCCGGUAGAUACUUGUGACCAGUUAGAAGUGCGUGUUUCAUUUUCAGUGGAGGACUUAGUUUUCUUUUAUAUGGACAGUAUUUCGUUAAUUUAAUUUAAUCUAAUUUUUUUUUCCGAAUUCACAAGC